GCUCGUAUUCCAAACCGACGAAGUGAUUGAUUAUUACACUGCAAAGACUGGAUUCGACCCAUCGUAUUUUGAUCCGUCAGCUGGUGCAAUGCCUUUUGCCCAUGCUCGCGAUCUAGCACAGCGUCUGUUGCGCAACAAGGUUAUCGUGGCCUACGAACUUUGGAAGUCUCUAGAUGCGCUACGCCUCCAGCAUCCUGCCGACCUAACCCGAGACUUGGCGACGUACCUCCCGGUGCAGACUAUAAUAGGGGCCGAGGGUGACAAUGGCUUCCAGAAAUUGGUGCAACAAUUCAUGAAUCGAACGAUUCGUAACGGUUUCCACCAUCCGGUUGAGGAUGCUCGGGCCGCGAUGGACCUCUAUCGAUCGUGCGCUACCGAUUGGGAAGCCCUGAUAACGACUUCUGUAUGGCCAUGUCUUCUUCCUCCCGAGGAGUUUAGGCUUUGGUAUUUGUAACAUCGAUUAUGGCAAGGAGACCCAUGUCGAAGCAAGCAAGUAGACUCGUUCAGUGUUGUGGCAAGAUAAUUCCAGCUAGGACGCCACUAUCCCAUCCCACGGCACAAGAGCCCAUCCAACUUAGCG